UUCAAAGAAGAAGAAAACUCAACCCAUUUCCAAACUCUGGUGAGUGUGAAACAAGAAACAAAAAGAAGUGGGAAAUAAUUGCAGUAGGUACUUUGUUCUGUUAAUCCAAAAACCUAAACCCGUGACAAUCAAAGAAGAAUCAAGGAGAGACCAAAGAAAAUGGAUGGCAAUUUAAGUAGAAGCAUAAGUAGGUCAAGUUGGAGAAUGGAAGGAGUGUUUGGUAGUGGAAGGUAUUCUAGAAGAACUUCUAAUGUUGAUGAAGAUGAAGAAGCUCUUAAAUGGGCUGCAAUAGAGAAGUUACCUACUUAUGAUAGGCUAAGGACAAGUAUCCUUCAAACUUAUGCUGAAGAAUAUUAUGGAGAUGAAGCUCAUCCAAACAGAGUACAACAUAGGGAAGUCGAUGUUAGGAAGUUAGAUGUCAAUGAAAGACAACAAUUUAUAGACAAAAUAUUUAAGGUUGCUGAAGAAGACAAUGAAAAACAUUUGCUCAAGUUCAGAAACAGAAUUGAUAAGGUUGGUAUCAAACUCCCAACAGUAGAGGUGACGUUUAAAAAUGUGAGUGUUGAGGCUGAUUCAUAUGUUGGCAGCAGAGCUCUACCAACCUUACCAAACGUUGCAUUGAACAUGCUUGAAUCUGCUCUACGCGUUUUUGGUAUUACUACUGCUAAGAGAACAAAUCUCACUAUUCUUCAAAAUGUCUCUGGCAUUAUUAAACCUUCUAGGAUGACCCUUUUGCUAGGUCCCCCUUCAUCAGGGAAAACGACCCUUUUGCUAGCAUUGGCUGGAAAAUUGGACCCCGAUUUGAAAGUAGAAGGAGAAAUAUGUUACAACGGUUACAAGCUUAACGAAUUUGUCCCUAGAAAGACUUCAGCCUAUAUUAGCCAAAAUGAUGUACAUCUUGGAGAAAUGACUGUUAAAGAAACUUUGGAUUUCUCUGCUAGAUGCCAAGGAGUUGGGACACGAUAUGACCUAUUGGCCGAGCUUGGUCGAAGAGAAAAAAAUGCAGGCAUAUUUCCAGAGGCAGAACUUGACCUUUUCAUGAAGGCUACUGCAAUGGAAGGAACAGAAAGUAGUCUCAUUACUGACUAUACUCUCAAAAUAUUGGGGCUUGAUAUAUGCAGAGAUACCAUUGUUGGUGAUGAAAUGAGAAGAGGCAUUUCUGGUGGUCAAAAGAAGCGUGUAACAACUGGUGAGAUGAUUGUUGGGCCCACAAAAACAUUGUUUAUGGAUGAGAUAUCAACGGGGCUUGAUAGUUCCACAACAUAUCAGAUAGUGAAAUGUUUGCAACAAAUUGUACACCUCACUGAAGCAACCAUCUUCAUGUCUCUACUUCAACCUGCUCCUGAGACUUUCGAUCUUUUUGAUGAUAUUGUAUUGAUAUCAGAGGGUCAGAUAGUAUACCAGGGUCCACGUCACCAUGUCCUUCCAUUCUUUCAAUCCUGUGGAUUUAAAUGUCCUGACAGAAAAGGAACUGCAGAUUUCUUGCAAGAGGUUACUUCAAGGAAAGACCAAGAACAAUAUUGGGCAAACAGAGACAUACAAUACCGUUACAUAACAGUAACCGAAUUUGCAAACAAAUUCAAAGAAUUCCACAUAGGAACACAGCUUCAAAACGAAUUAUCUAUACCAUUUGACAAGUCAACAUCACACAGAGCAUCACUUGUUUUCAAGAAAUACACAGUUCCAACAAUGGGACUUCUAAAAGCAUGUUGGGACAAAGAAUGGCUUUUGAUUAAAAGAAACUCUUUUGUGUAUAUAUUCAAGACAGUUCAAAUAUGCAUUAUUGCUGUUAUAUCAGCAACAGUGUUCUUAAGAAGUGAAAUGCAUAGAAGGAAUGAGGAGGAUGCUGCUGUUUAUAUUGGUGCUAUUUUGUUUACUAUGAUCAUGAAUAUGUUUAAUGGUUUUUCUGAAUUACCACUCACAAUUGCAAGGCUUCCUGUGUUUUAUAAGCAUAGAGAUCACCUUUUUCAUCCUCCUUGGACUUAUACCUUACCCAAUUUUUUUCUAAGGAUACCUAUUUCCAUUUUUGAGGCUAUUGUUUGGGUUCUUAUUACAUAUUACACUAUUGGAUUUGCACCUGAAGCUAGCAGGUUCUUCAAGCACUUGUUGUUGGUGUUUCUUGUUCAACAAAUGGCAGCUGGUAUGUUUAGGGUGAUAUCUGGAGUUUGUAGGACAAUGAUCAUUUCCAACACUGGUGGAUCCCUCGUGCUCCUUCUGGUUUUCUUACUUGGAGGCUUCAUCCUUCCUAAACGUGACAUUCCAAAUUGGUGGGUGUGGGGCUAUUGGAUUUCUCCACUGUCAUAUGCUUUCAAUGCUUUUGCUGUGAAUGAAAUGCUUGCUCCAAGAUGGAGUAAACCGUCUUCAGAUGGUUCAACUUCAUUAGGUGUGGCCACAUUAAAUAACUUCGAUGUUUUUAAUGAUAAACAAUGGUAUUGGAUUGGUGCAUCAGCACUUCUGUGUUUCGCUAUUCUAUACAAUGUUCUCUUCACCUUUGCACUAAUGUACCUUAAUCCUGUUGGAAAGAAACAAGCAAUUAUAUCAGAAGAAAAAGCAAGUAAAAUGGAAGGUGAUGGAAAUAACACAAGUAAAUAUGAAAGUAGUGGAAUAAGAAGUGAUGAUCGAAUACUUGAAUCAGCCAAUGGAGUUGCACCAAAGAGAGGAAUGGUUCUUCCUUUUCGACCACUUGCAAUGUCUUUUGAUUGUGUUAAUUACUAUGUGGACAUGCCAGCAGAAAUGAAAGAGCAAGGAGUAACAAAUGAUAGGCUACAAUUGCUUAGGGAAGUAACUGGUGCUUUUAGGCCUGGAGUUCUAACUGCUUUAAUGGGAGUUAGUGGAGCUGGAAAGACAACUUUGAUGGAUGUUUUAGCUGGAAGGAAAACAGGUGGUUACAUUGAAGGAGAUUUUAGAAUCUCUGGUUUCCCUAAGAAUCAAGAAACUUUUGCAAGAAUUUCUGGAUACUGUGAACAAACUGAUAUCCAUUCACCACAAGUUACUGUCAGAGAAUCUGUCAUUUACUCAGCUUUCCUUAGAUUAUCUAGGGAAGUAAAUAAGGAGGAAAAAAUGAGAUUUGUGGAUGAGGUAAUGGAUUUGGUAGAGCUGAAUAAUUUGAGAGAUGCUAUAGUUGGACUUCCAGGUGUUACAGGGUUGUCAACUGAACAAAGAAAAAGGCUAACAAUAGCUGUUGAGCUUGUUGCUAAUCCUUCAAUCAUUUUCAUGGACGAACCUACUUCAGGUCUUGAUGCAAGAGCAGCAGCAAUUGUUAUGAGGACAGUGAGAAACACUGUUGACACUGGAAGAACAGUUGUCUGCACAAUUCAUCAACCUAGUAUUGAUAUCUUUGAAGCCUUUGAUGAGUUGCUUUUGUUGAAGAGAGGAGGGCAAGUGAUAUACUCAGGACCAUUGGGAAGAAAUUCACACAAGAUUAUAGAAUAUUUUGAGGAAAUUCCAGGGGUCUCAAAAAUUAAGGAUAAGUACAACCCUGCUACAUGGAUGUUAGAGGUAAGCUCUACAGCAUCUGAAGUUAGGCUUGGAAUGGACUUUGCCGAAUACUACAAAACAUCAUCAUUAUAUCAGAGAAACAAAGCUCUUGUAAGUGAGUUAAGUACAUCUCCUAUUGGAGCAAAAGAUCUAUACUUCACCACUCAGUUUUCUCAAUCCACUUGGGGACAAUUUAAAUCAUGUAUAUGGAAGCAGUGGUUGACAUAUUGGAGGAGUCCAGAUUACAAUCUUGUUAGAAUUUUCUUCACCUUGGCUGCAGCUCUCAUGGUGGGGACAGUAUUUUGGAGAGUUGGCAAGAAAAGGGACAGCUCAGCUGACUUGAACAUGAUUAUAGGAGCAUUGUAUGGUUCUGUAUUUUUUGUUGGUGUCAACAAUUGCCAAACUGUUCAACCUGUAGUAUCCGUUGAAAGAACUGUUUUCUAUAGAGAAAGAGCUGCUGGAAUGUAUUCUGCUUUACCUUAUGCUAUUGCUCAGGUUGUUUGUGAAAUACCGUAUGUGUUUUUUGAAACUAUAUGUUUCUCAUUCAUAGUGUAUUCUAUGGUGGGCUUUGAAUGGAAAGUAGAGAAGGUACUUUGGUUCUUCUUUGUGAGCUUCUUCUCCUUCUUGUACUUCACGUAUUAUGGGAUGAUGACAGUUUCCAUAACACCAAAUCACCAAGUAGCAUCAAUCUUUGGGGCAGCAUUCUAUGGACUCUUCAAUCUCUUUUCUGGUUUCUUUAUUCCAAGACCAAAAAUUCCUAAAUGGUGGGUUUGGUAUUAUUGGAUUUGUCCAAUGGCAUGGACAGUGUAUGGAUUAAUUGUGUCACAAUAUAGAGAUGUGACAAAAGGCAUAAAUGUGCCUGGAGAGUCUCAUGAAAUUCCAAUCAAUAAGUAUAUUGAAGAACAUUAUGGUUUCAAAAAUGAUUUCAUGGGGACAGUUGCUGCUGUUUUGAUUGCUUUCGCUGUAUUUUUUGCCUUUGUAUUUGCCUUCUGCAUCAAAGCACUGAACUUCCAAACUAGAUAAAGAGAAGAAAAAAAGUCAAAUGUUGAGAGUUUUACCAAUGAAAGUGUCUUAUAUGUAUGUGUAUAUAUAGCUAUUAGCUAAGGACAAUAUCUAUUCAUACUUGAUGAUAGAAACUUUGUUAUAAAGUUUUGAGUGCCAUUUGGUACAUUUAUGUAUGUCAUGUUCAUCAUUUAGUUUUUA